AUGGCCUGUGAGCAUGCAGCAAGCUGGGAGCCUCUCGUUCAAUCGUCAAACAGCAUGGAGCAGCAGAAUCUCGACAUCAUCACCUCAGCUUUGUUUGGGGACAGCAGUGUCAUGCUGAGUGCUGUUGCUUCACUCCUCACAAGGCAUCACUGUAACAAGGAACAACAUGCUUCAGGGACACCACCCCAGUUGAACCUGACAAACACACCCAGCAAGGACUCGGCUUUGGCAGAUGCCAUCCUUGGCACAGCACGCAUCAAAUCUGGAGUGUCGAAAGCAGCUGCGUCACAUGUCACAGAGAAUUUAAUUCCAAGUUUUGAACAAGUUCAUGCGCUGGCCACAGCAAAUCUAGUUGCUGCAACACAGCUGGACAUUGCUAAACAGUUAGCUGAAGCUAACAAGUCAUCUCAUGCUGUGUCUGCUGCUAAGCCAUCAAAGCUGAAUGCCAGAAAAGAAGCACAUCAAGAGCAGCACGAGACCUGCAAGAAAUCCAAGUCAGAAAACCAAAAAAAGGUUGACAAGAAAGGAACAUGUUCACAGUUAGCAGUUGAGCAGUCCAUUACAGCCAUUGUUGACGAAAAGUCCAGUUUUUCUGAAACAAAGGCUCUCACCUGUUCCUAUGAAGGCUGUAAUCGGAAGUUUGCCUGGCUCAAUCAUCUCAAGUACCACGAACUCACUCACAC